UGAGAUAUAGCAAACAUUACCAAUCAUUUCGUUAAAAAUCCUCCCAAAGCCAUGAAAUUCCUCGUCCCAUUCUUCUGUUUACUGUCACUAGAAAGAUAACUAUCCUAAACCCAAAAAUCAAAGCUUCUGCAUUCCGUUUCACUACAAUUGACACCAAAUCCAUCGAUUUUCUUGAUGGACUGUAGCUCCUGUAACUACUCUCUUAGCACUAUUUCAUCUUGUUCUGUUAAAUGGGUUGCAUUCCCUUCAAAAUUUGAGUCCCGGAGAAUUUCAUUUCAGAAUAAAUCUGAAUUUUUAAAACCGAAUACAUGCCUUGGUCUUAGUUUGCUGGAUUCUUUGCAGCAUCUUAGUAACUUCAACUUCAAAGCCCUAACCAAAUCUAAGAUAUCAUCAUGGAAGAUUCCUUGUUCAUAUUCAUGUGUUAUAAAAUGUGACCAUCCUCAAAAUGCUGAUUUUCCUCGCUACUAUUCCAAGAAGGAGAAGAAGCCAUUUCCAGUUCCCAUUGUGGAAUUGAGACGAGCAGCCAGGGAGAGGAUGAAAAAUAGUAAAGGCCAGCCGAGAAGACCAGUACCACCUCCAAAGAAUGGGUUGUUAGUUAAGAGCAUGAUACCAAUUGCCUACAAUGUAUUCAAUGCAAGAAUUACAUUGCUGAACAAUCUCAAGAAGCUCUUGAAGGUGGUACCUGUUCAUGCUUGUGGGUUUUGCAACGAAAUCCAUGUGGGACCUGUUGGACAUCCGUUCAAGUCAUGCAGAGGACAAAAUGCUAAUUUCCGGAAGGGGCUUCAUGAGUGGACAAAGGCAACUCUUGAAGACAUUUUUCUGCCUGUAGAAGCAUACCACCUCUAUGAUCGCCUUGGGAGACGUAUUUCUCAUCAGGAAAGAUAUUCAAUUCCACGAAUUCCUGCAGUGGUCGAGCUUUGCAUUCAAGCGGGUGUCGAUCUUCCUGACUAUCCUGCAAAGAGAAGAAGGAAACCAAUCGUCCGCAUCUCAAAAAGUGAAUACAUUGAUGCUGAUGAAAGUGAACUACCAGACCCUGAACCAGAAGUACCUCUAAAACCUUUGUUAACAGAAAUACUGGAUUCCGAUGCUGUUGCUCCGAGCGAUGUAGAAGAUAUAGCUUGGCUUGCUGACCAAACACUUCAAGCAUGGGAGCAGAUGAGAAGAGGAGCCAAAAGACUGAUGAAGAUGUAUCCAGUGAGAGUAUGUGGGUAUUGCCCUGAGGUACAUGUUGGUAGCAGUGGGCACAAGGCACAGAACUGUGGAGCUUUCAAGCACCAACAACGAAAUGGGCAACAUGGUUGGCAAAGGGCCGUGCUCGACGACCUGAUACCACCUAGAUACGUGUGGCACGUUCCAGACAUAAAUGGACCACCAUUGCAGAGAGAGCUAAGAAACUUUUAUGGACAGGCUCCUGCUAUAGUUGAAAUGUGCAUUCAAGCUGGGGCUGCUAUCCCAGAUCAGUACAAAUCAACCAUGCGAAUGGAUGUGGGGAUUCCGUUGGACAUUAAAGAGGCUGAAAUGGUCGUUUGAGUUAUUUCCUUCUUGUUAAGUUGUUAACCACUAAAAUAUUAUUAUGUACUAUCAAAAUGAAUAGAUGUUAGGUUUUGGCUCUAGAUGGCAGUACCUUCCAUGUGUAAUAUUAACUUAAUGAAACACAAAAAAGGUGUAUGAUCUGAGUUGUAGCUUGGAAGUCUCUGAUAAGUGGGAAAUUUAAAAAAUGAGCUCAAAAAUUGUUUCUA